AUGGAAUGCAAGUUCCUUCAUCUUUUCGCGAUACUGUGCUUGUUCGCUUUCCCUGCGGCUGUUGGCUGGUUCAGUGUCCUCUCUUGGGCUGAAACCGUCUCUGUUGCUAGGGAUGCAUGGGGGUUACUCUCCCGGUACAAUGUGCCCUUCUAUCAUCAAGAUACAACUGAUGCUUUGCCUGAGCAGUCCAGACACUCAGUCAAGGAGUAUGUGAAUUCGAUCCUCGGGUCACUCAACACUCCAGCCCCACGGCUCCAGUGCCCAGUACCAGAUGCUAAACGAUACAAUCCCCUUCGAGAGCCUGCCUCUGCAGUGCCAGGAAUCGACUACAUCUUUGCUGUACGGGUGGUGAAUAACCUGGACCAGCUGCCCACACUCCUUGGCGCCGUUGUCAAUGCCAUGAUGCUCCUAGGACCAUACCGUUGCGCCUUGACAAUCAUUAGCAGCGGCUGGAGACCCCCAAUGGACGAUGUGCUGGAAGAAUUGCGUCUUGGGAUCGAACACCUAGGUGCAGUUUACAACUACACCUCCUUCGCUUACGGCCCUCGCGUUUAUAAACAUCGCAAUCGGGCGAUAGGCGCUGUGCGGAAUGCCAAGAAAGAGGUGUCAGAAGACGCGACGAUUGUCUUCCUAGACGACGUGGACAUUUGUAGCGAGGAUAUUCUUGAGUUGAUUCUUCAACGGGAGAACCUGGGAGCCGAUAUGACAUGCGGCAUGCAAUGGACUCUUCGCAAAUCAAGCGACACUCCCUUGUUUAAGAACGACGGAACUUGUCGAGAUAUGCAGGGGGACAAGUUCGGUCACGUCGCGCCUGAGAAGUGGACUCAGGGGACGGAUGUCAAGGAAUACUUCUGGAAAUCGUCCAAAGACCAGGCUCGGUUUGACGAGAAGCGGCCCUUCCAGGUGUUUUCCUGCUGGGGCGGCGCAGCAGCCUUCGCGGGCUCUACCUUCACGAGACUCGAGCAGACGUUUAGAUUGCCGGUAAAGGGGGCAGAGUGCACUCAGCCAGACACGAGACUAUUCUGCAAAGACAUGUGGUCCCACGGUCGAGGAAAGAUUGCAGUUGUUCCCAGCGUCAACGUUGCCAGACACCAGGACGAUGACUUCAAUGUCAAGAAGAGCAUAGGGUUCACUGCAGAUCUGGUGCGGGGACAGGACCCCAAGGGAGAUCGGAUCGCCUGGGUGAAGGAGCCGCCUAAGGAGGUGCUUUGCUCCAAGAAGAGGUGGGAAGCGUGGGAUACAGGUUUGCCUUUGGAUGAUCCGUGGGAUUAUGAGCUGCAGGAGGAGGUUUCAUGA